AUGACAGACACUGAGAAAUAUGAUAGACAACUUAGAUUGUGGGGUGAAGAUGGUCAAGCUAAAUUAGAAAAGUCUCAUAUCUGUUUGAUCAAUGGUACCGCUACUGGUACUGAAACUUUAAAGAACUUGGUAUUACCAGGAAUUGGAGCAUUUACAGUAGUUGAUGGUAACAAGGUUGGAGCAUCAGAUUUGGGAAAUAAUUUCUUUUUGGAUACUACUUGUUUGGGACAUUCUCGUGCCCUCAAAGUAUCAGAGUACUUGAGAGAGUUGAAUGACCGUGUCAAGGGAUCGAGUUGCGAGGAAGACCCAGUAGCACUCAUCUCUGACAAGAUCACCUUUUUCAAAGACUUUGAUUUGGUCAUUGCCAACAAACUCCCCGAACAAUCUUUGAUCACUCUUGCUGCCUACCUCUAUGAAAACAAUAUUCCACUUUUAAUUGUAAACUCUUAUGGUUAUAUUGGUUAUCUUAGAAUUGUUACUCCUGAACAUCAAAUAAUUGAAUCAAAACCAGAUACACCAUUGGAUGAUUUAAGAAUUUAUAAUCCAUGGAAAGAAUUGGAAGUUGAAUCUGAUAAUGUUGAUUUAUCAAACAUGAAUGCACAACAACAUUCACAUGUACCAUAUAUUCUCUUGUUGGUCAAGUUCCUCAAGGAAUGGCGUAAUGAAAAGAACAAUGGAAAGAUGCCAGAGACCAGAGCUGAAAAGGAUGAAUUUAAAAAGUUCUUUAUAUCAAAAUCACACAAUAGUGAUGAAGAAAACUUUAACGAAGGUGUAAAGGGUCUAUUCAAGUACCUCCAACCACCCCGUGUACCAUCUGAAGUUGAAGCCAUCCUCAAUGAUCCAAAGACCUCCAACAUUAAUCAACAAUCUGAUGAUUUCUGGGUUUUGGCUGCUGCCCUUAAACAAUUUGUUGAUCAACAUAAAGUUUUACCUUUACCUGGUAAUAUUCCAGAUUUAACUUCUGAUACUAUUACUUAUGUUACUCUUCAAAAAUUAUAUCAUGAUAAAGCAAAUGCAGAUUUGGAAGAUUUUAAUACAAAGGUAGAAUCUAUUGUAUCAAAUACCAAUAGACAACCAAUUCCAUCAGAUUCGAUUAAAAAGUUUGCAAAGAAUUCAAGAUUUAUUAAUAUCAUUAGAUAUAGAUCAUUAAAUGAUGAAUAUACUAUUCCAAAUACUUCUGUUAUUCAAAGUGAAAUUGAAAUGGAUAAUAAUUCAAAUGUAAAUUUCUAUUUGGUAUUACGUGCAGUUGAGAAAUUUAAUCAAACACAUAAUAGAUAUCCAGGUGCUAGUGAUGAAGAUGUUGAUUCAGAUGUACCAUUGUUGAAAUCAAUUCUUGCCACUAUUCUUUCAGAAAUCUCAAUUUCUUCAACUAUUGUUAAAGAUGAUUAUAUUACUGAAAUAAUUAGAUAUGGUAAUAGUGAAUUACAUAAUAUUGCAUCUUUGAUGGGUGGUAUUACAUCACAAGAAGUGAUCAAGUUGAUUACACACCAAUAUGUACCAUUAAAUAAUACCUUUAUUUUUAACGGUAUCAAUAGUACUGCCACUCCUUUCAAACUCUAA